AUGCCGGUGCAGCUUGUGCUCGUGGACGAGAACGGAGCACGGCCUCGUGCCAACGGCGACGAUGGCGACGUGGACCAUGGCGACACCAGCCAGGCUAUCAGCGCCGCGUCCCUGCUCGCAGCAGCUGCACCGCCUCAGAAGCCGCUCAAGUACGACGAAGUCGCUGAUUCCGGGGCGCGUGUCGCACCCCGAUAUUCAGAUACUGCGCCUGAUGUGCCCUAA